AUGGUCGCUAGAAUCUCAGAUGAUGGAUUCUUUAUUUUGAGCAGUGUUAUUUUGAGCAGUGUUAUUUUGAGCAGUGUUAUUUUGAGCAGUGUUAUUUUGAGCAGUGUUAUUUUGAGCAGUGUUAUUUCGAGCAGUGUUAUUUUGAGCAGUGUGAUUUCGAGCAGUGUCAUUUUGAGCAGUAUUUUGAGCAGUAUUUUGAGCAGUAUUUUGAGCAGUAUUUUGAGCAGUAUUUUGAGCAGUAUUUUGAGCAGUAUUUUGAGCAGUAUUUUGAGCAGUAUUUUGAGCAGUAAAUCGAAGAAGAUUACCGAGAACAAAGCACAAUGA